CGCUAUGUCGUUGUACUUUCUCCUCAAGAGUAACUUUGCAUAAACAAAGGAGCAGUCCAUUUUGGUCAUUAGCUUAUCGUCCGCCACGUUUUGGAUGGCAUGGAUGACAAGGUUGGCCAGUUCUUAUUCUGGACAGGGAAUCGAAUGUUGUAUGUAUGACAAGGGUCCCGGCCAGGCCACAGGAGUUUUGACAGACCCUUGUACAUACAUCAUGCACAUACUUAACCUGCCGCAAACAGAAACGCUCAUAUAGCUGGGGAUAUCUCAAGUCCAUAUCCCAAGCGUCCCCAAGUCUUCUUUGUGAAGGCUCUGUUUAUUACUGAGAGAACCGUCUCUCCAAGUCUUUCUUUUCAUAUCUUUCGACUCUAUUGCUGUAUUAUUUGCCUUUGUGUCAAUUUCCAUAUACUUCACCGCUGCCCAUCAUGAAUCGCGGAACAGUCGCCAUCGCUGUCGUGCAACACCAAGUUAUGAUCAUACAGAUCGUACAGAGUACUGCCUCUGGUCACUCUCACCAUCGUCGUGAUCGAUGGUUAGAUGUGUACACUUAUACGCCUUUUGGCGACCACUUGUUCCUGGCUUCGUCCGUCCCUCAGGCGCGCAUCGCCGCCUCAGACCUUCUUACCGUCUUCCCGUUUCGCACCACCACCACGGACAUGAUUGAAUUGCCUGCACAGGCAUAUCAGGAAUUCCUGCAGCUCCAAGCCAAACAUCAGAAGAAACAGGAGAAUUUAUGGCGUGCCUGGAAAGCCAAGUUGCGCUAAAUGUGGUUCGUUCUACGAAGGAAGUCGAUUUAUUUUGCAUGCUGUGGGCUGAGGAAGACUUGACGGAAUUACUUGUAUUUUUAACACUUUACCAUUUUCUCCCGGAGUGUAGCUGGAACUAGAUACCACCCCACGUUGUGAUACACACUGUAGCCUUAGUACUUGAAUUCGAAGUUGUAGUUUGGUAGAAUUUUAACACAUCUCGUCCAUUCGGCGGUAUACAACAGAUUAUUAACCCGAUAUUUAUAGUGG